AUGAGGAGCGUUCUAUUGUCAGCAUUAUGGAUGCUCAACUCGAAAGAAGUGUCCUUAUCAGUGGUUGAUGCCUUUACAACUCCUCCAUCCGUGUCGUCAUUUUCCACGGUCGCCACCACGACCACCAACAGCAUUGUUCUGGGAGUGUCGAGUCGUACCGACGAAGAAGAAGACACUGUUGUGACUACUAUUGAUAUUAAUAGUACUCCCAAUGGCAGCAGCAGCAGCAGCAGUGGCGUCAAGUCUCGAUUUUCCGAUUUACUUUCCGCCGUGGGAUUGGAUCAGGGCCAACUGCGGCACGUGCCCGAUUUGCCCGCCCUUCGACAAGUGACGCCCAAUGACGUCUUUUGCAACCGCGAACUCAAAAUGAGUGGCAUUCAAGCCAUUGGAUUCGAUAUGGAUUACACACUGGCACAGUACCAACAACCGGCAUUUGAUCAAUUGGCGUUUGAUGGGGCCAAGCAAAAACUGGUUGAAAAACUGGGAUACCCCGAGGAGGUACUCGAUUUUGAGUAUAAUCAUGAGCACUGGACACGAGGAUUAAUUAUUGACACGCAACGAGGCAAUUUUCUCAAGAUUGAUCGACACAAAUACGUACGGGUCGCCCAUCACGGAUUUGAUCGCAUCAGCAGUACCACGCGCAAACAUUUAUACAGUGGAGCAUUCAACAAGGUACCCUCCUUUUCCGAGAAGUCGUAUGUCAACAUGGACACGCUCUUUCAAUUCGUCGAUGCCCAUCUCUUUGCCAGUCUCAUUGAUAUGAAAGACAAGGGAGAACACGAAGUUUUGGAUUACAAGACUUAUGCCGAAAUGUACCGACAAGUCCGCGAGUGUGUGGACUUGUGUCAUCGUGAUGGAGUCAUCAAGGAUGAAGUCGCACGCAAUCCGGAAGAAUACAUUGUCCUCGAUAAGGGACUUAUUCCCAUGUUGCAACGAUACCGACAAGCCGGUGUCAAAGUAUUCAUCCUUACCAAUUCACUUUGGGAAUAUACUUCGACUGCCAUGAAUUACUUGUAUCAUGGGAAAAAGGUCGAUGACGAAACCUUGGCACGAAAUGAAUGGCUCGAGUUGUUUGAUCUGGCCAUUGUCGGUUCGUGCAAACCAGCCUACAUGUUGGACCCGUACCUCAAUCUAUUCCGUGUCAACCCAGCCGAUGGAACACUCCAAAACACGGACGGAUGCUUUGAAAUUGAAGCAUUGGGAGAAAAUGGGGCACAAAAAUUCCUGGCGCAGGGGAAAACAUUUCAGGGGGGAAAUUGGUUGCAUUUACAUUCCAUGCUCGAAAUCAAUGCUGGAGAAGAAAUUUUGUACGUGGGAGAUCAUCUCUAUGCCGAUGUGCUACGAUCCAAACGAACGCUGGGAUGGAGAUCCUGCUUUGUCAUGCCAGAAUUGGAAGAUGAAAUGCUACAAUUCAGUCAAUCCAAGCAACUCGCACACAACAUUACCGAAUUGAGACGACUCAUGGAAGAAUUGACCGUCUACAAGGAAGAUAUCCUCCGACGACAAAGUACACACACAACGACAACGACAACGACAACUGACAUCCUCAAUGGUGAAGACACUGUCAUUGCCGAACUGGAUCAAGAUUUGAUGGUCAUCAAGAGUACCCUCAAAGCCAUGACCAAUUCCUGGCAUCGGUCAUUUCAUCCCGUAUGGGGUGCCAUGUUCAAUGCGGGAUACACCGACUCGAGAUUUGCCUUUUACGUCAACAACUACGCCUGCCUCUACACGUCCCGGGCCACCAAUUUGGGUCUUGCGUCCACAUCGAGGUCCUUUCGCACGAGUUUGGAAAUUUUGCCACACGAUCGACUUUUGACCGAUGCGCAGUAUGUGCAAGACCAGGAACCGUGGGAGGACGUGUAG